CGCUGAGGCAGUCUAUCACAUCUUGGCCAAAACGAUUCUGCUUCUCGAGGCCCGGAUAGCCAGGUCCGAUGCCUCAACAUCAAAUCGCAGGUGUUGGGCAGUGUCGAGCUUUGAGGGCUCAGUAGUGGUAUAAGAAGGAGCAGCAACUCGACGGCAGAAGGACAUCAGCGAUCAACAUCUCCAUUCAGCCUCUACAGUAAUCUCUUCUACACACUACUUUCUAUUCGUCUCCUCUUUAAUUGUCUAUUCAAUAAAUCUACUUGACCGGUUCAAGAUGUACUUCACCAAGACCUCCGUUGUCCUCUCUUUCGGCCUCAUGGCCAGCCAGGUUGCUGGUCACGCUGCGGUCAUCAAGGCUGUUGGUGAUGCAGGUGGCCAGGGUUCCGCCAUCGGUGUUGACCCCAACACUCCCCGUGACGGCACUGGCCGCAACCCCUUCCAGCAAGACUCCACCCGCUUCCGAGGAAACGCCGCAGAUGCCUGCGGUGAGACUCUGGGUGGAGGUGACAACAACGUCGAGACUGGUACCGCUCAGGUCAUGCAGCUCAACGGCGGCACCCUUCCUCAGGUCAGCGCUGGCGGUAUGGUCAUGAUGACCCUGCACCAAGUCAACGGUGACGGUGCGGGCCCUUACACUGCUAUGAUCGAUGCUACCGGCACUGGUACACAGUGGACGCCAAUCACAGUCGCCACCAACGUCGACGGUAACGCUCGUGGCCGCAACAACGCCAACGCUAAGACCGAUCUUCCUCUCAAUGUCGCCAUCCCGGCCAACCAGACUUGCACGGGUACUGUCGCUGGCCAGAGCAAUGUCUGCAUGGUCCGCGUCCAGAACCCAGCUCGUGCUGGACCUUUCGGAGGAUGUAUCCCCGUUCAGAUGGCUGGUGCCGCAGCUGCGGCUCCUGCUGCUGCUGCUCCUGCUGCUGCUGCUCCUGCUGCUGCUGCUCCUGCUGCUGCUGCUCCCGCGGCCGCAGCCCCCGCUGCCGCAGCCCCUGUUGCCGCUGGUACUGCCGCUGGAGCUGCCGGAGCUGUGGCUCCUGUUGCUGGCACUGCUGGAACUGCCGCUGCUGCUGCUCCUGUCGCUGGUACUGCCGGAACUGGUAUGUUUUAAUUAAUGCUCAGAGUCGAGUAUCCACUAACAAAUAUCAAGGCACCUCUGCCGCUGCUGGAACUGUUCCCGCUGGCCAAGCCCCAGCCGCCGGUGUCAACUCCGCUGCUGGUGCCACCACGGCCGCUGGUGUCAACACUGACGCUACCACCCUCACCAAGCGCGCCCCCAAGAAGUCCAAGGACGGAGCCCUUGUCACUGACGAUGCCGAGGAGGAGGAGACCAACCCUUCCGGCCGCCGCACCACCAUCGGUGUCUAAGCAUCUCGCACCAGCACGGCCACUACACUGAGCUUCACGGCACAGAAACAAAAAGGGAUUGGAAUUGGGAUUGGGAUCGAGAUCGAGAGUAAUGAUGAUAUACAUACGGCGGGAUAAUGUGGUAGAUACAAGUUGGAUACGGG